CAGAUGUGUCUGUGAUUUUUAUAAAGCAUCGCUGGAUCUUUCCCUCCCUCUUUCCUCUAGUGUCCUCACACUCACGCAGAGCGCUCACUUUUCCAGAUCUUCAUCACAUGCGCCUUUAUUCUGCUCAUCCCGUCUUCUGUGCGCAGAGGAAACACUUGAAAAGCGAGGGGAAAGAUACCAGGCUGCGUGCGCGGAUCAGUGCGCGUCCGUCAGUGGAGUUUAUCUUUGCGCGUCCACAUGUGGAGAAACGGAGACGGAGAGAUGCUGAUGCUGAAGCGCGGCUGAGAGAGAGCAGACAUCAGCACUAAACAACUUCACUGACAAAAGAAGAACAAGAAGAGGUGGAAAAAAGCAGGAGAGAGAGAAAGGGGCUGUUGGGGACCGAGCCAAAAGUUCAUUAACAAAACCUAUCGGACUUUUUUUUCUCUUCUGUAGGGUCCCUCGCCAACCUUCAAAAUUUCGCCCAAAAGCAGACAGGAGGAUCGGCCGGUGCUGACGCGACUCGUCGGCAGGAAACGGCUGAUCGCGGCGGGGGUGCUCGGUGUGGUCAUGGUCCUGGUGCUGGUCAUCCUCAUCCCGGUUUUGGUGAGCUCUGCCGGGUCAUCCGCGGCUCACUAUGAGAUGCUCGGCACCUGCAGGAUGGUUUGCGAUCCGUACGGUACCAAAUCACCAACCAGCACGGUCUCAGCAGACCCGGUGCGGGACAGCAACCUUAUGCAGUCUUUACCAACUUUUAUACAGGGUCCGAAAGGUGAACCAGGACGCCCUGGGAAAGCGGGGCCGAGGGGCCCUCCUGGUGAACCCGGACCGCCUGGACCCCCUGGACCUCCAGGAGAGAGAGGGGACCCAGGUCGACCUGGAUUACCAGGACAGCCGGGACCAAACCUGGCCACGGGCGCCAUCAGCGCGGCCACCUACAGCACCGUUCCCAAAAUCGCCUUUUACGCAGGGCUCAAAAAGCAGCACGAGGGCUACGAGCUGCUCAAGUUUGACGACGUGGUCACGAAUCUCGGGAAUCAUUACGACCCCACCACAGGCAAAUUCACCUGCUCCAUACCGGGAAUAUACUACUUUACCUACCAUGUGCUGAUGCGCGGAGGAGACGGAACCAGCAUGUGGGCUGAUCUGUGUAAGAACCAGCAGGUGCGUGCCAGUGCCAUCGCCCAGGAUGCAGAUCAAAACUACGACUACGCCAGCAACAGUGCCAUCCUUCACCUGGAGCCUGGAGAUGAAGUCUACAUCAAACUAGAUGGAGGAAAAGCCCACGGCGGCAACAACAACAAGUACAGCACCUUCUCUGGUUUUAUUAUAUACGCCGAUUAGGACAUACGCGCCUCCUCCAGAUGGGCUCUCUCUCUGCUAUUCCCCCUAUUCUUUUUUUUACGUUUCUUUUACAUAUUUUUUUCCUUUGGGCCCGGGGCAAGCAGACAGACCUACUCAAACAUCCCUCAUCAUUAGUCAGUAGAUGUGGGUUUGAAGGCAGAACACUUUGCCCUGCGAUCCAAAAAUCAAGAACGAACCAAAAAAGAAAUACAGAAAAAAAGGCCCGGAGAAAGAAGCACUUCAUCACUGAGGAAAGCUGGAAAAGAAGGAGUCUUUCUAUGUCUGUGGCCAUCAAAGAAGCCUGUGAGAUGUUUUAUAACGUGACAUAAUCCUGCUAUAUGUGCAAUAAUCUUGCUAUCUGGUAAUGCCUGAAGUAAAACAUCUAAUAAUCUGGUAAAACAUGAAGCGUUAGCCCAAAAUUGUCAUCGUCGAAUGUGUAAUCUGACCAAAACGAUCCUCGUGUGUUCCUGAAACACUGCAGAUGUUUGUUCGGUACUGUUGGUAAUGCUAAUUAUGAAUUAUGGACAUACAACAAUAUACCUUGAUGGCUUGCAGUGAAAUUAUAUCCCAGAAUUGUUAAUGCUUUCAGCGGUUUACGUUUAAUCUGCAGUGUCAGGGUGUUUUUUGUUUUUAUUUGGGUGUGUAUUUACGUUAGCCGUAGGGGUGUGAGAUAUUCAUCAUUUAUUAUAAUAUCAUAAUUAUUGUUUUCUCGAUGUGUGAGCUUACAUUAUAUCAUUCACUUUGCAAAAAAUAAUAAAACAGGUUCUUUAGUAGACUUGUAAAAUAA